ACCAUCCCACGCUUCACUAACAUUGCCUGACAUGGCAUUCGCUUCCCUUCCCUUCCCUUCCCAAUUAAUUGCCUCUCUGAUUCGUUCGAGCUUCGCGGCUAGCGAUCGCUCUCCCUUCCUCUGAAUUCCGAGGACUCUGAAUUGUUUUCUGCACUCGAUGGCUUCAGUUCUGAUGACCCUGCUCGAGAGCUCAUUACAAUCGCUUUGUUAGUCUUGUGAGCUGGAUGCGAUAGACGGAGAGAAUGGCAUCUCGACGGGUUUUCUCCUUUUCUGGAUGGCGUGCUGCCACGGCAAAUAGUAGCUGCCCUCAGUUCCAAGAUGGCCUCCAGCAGCUGCUCGGAUUUCUCAUUGCUCGACAUGCUUCAUCCUCGGCUGUACUGAUUGAAGAUAAGAACUUGGAGAAAGCCCCUGUGACUUUAGAAAAAUGGGUUGAGCUCCCUCCCGUACCAAAAGCAGUUCCAAUGAGACCAACUUGGGGGGAAAAACUCUCAGAAGCUGAUGGAUCAUAUGAAGAAGACGAAAAGCACGAGAUCGAGUUCGGAGCUCAUGAGCUAACUGCUGUUCGGUGGGUGGCUAAAUGUUGUCCAAGUGUUCCAAAUAGUCUUAUACAGAAGCUAUUCCGUUUGCGCCAGAUUCGUCAGCGUACUCCACAGAAGAAUGACGGACUCACGCAUUUACAGCUUCCAAACGACAGAGUAGAUGUCCAGAACAAAGGAGGGGGUCUUAGAAGGGUCUCGGGGAAAGCGAUCGUAGAAGAAGGGACACUACUCUAUGUUCCCAAGAGUGUUUUCCAACUUGAAAAAAGUGAACUUCUCAAGUUUCAGCAGAAAAAGACUGAGCAUAAACCAACACCUGACGAAGUCUCAUGGCUCCAAAGUCUUGUGCUACAUAAGGAUUCUCAGAUUCUUGUAAUCAAUAAACCACCUGGACUACCAGUGCAGGGCGGUAGUGACGUUAGGAGGAGCUUAGAUUCUUUAAUGGGGAAUGCACUUCGAUACGAUUAUAGCGAUGGACCUAAAUUGGUACAUAGGCUAGACAAGGAGACAAGUGGAGCAAUGGUGCUGGCACGAACAGAAGAAAGUGCCACUUUUUUGCAUGCUCUCUUUCGAAAUAAGACAGCCUCCGCUUCUGCAUCCUCUAGGACAGAUGAUGUGACGAGUUCUAUUGGACGUUCUUACAUGGCUUUAGUCAUGGGCACCCCUAGAAAACAACAAGGGAGAAUUUCAGCUUCAUUGAUUAAGAUGGUUGUAGACAAAGGAAACUCUGAGAAGAUAUUGGUUGCCGAUGACGAGUCGAGUGCCGGUGCACAAGUUGCUAUCACCGACUACAAAGUUGUGGGGUCUUCAAAUUACGGCUGCACAUGGUUGGAGUUAAGACCUUUAACUGGCAGAAAACAUCAGCUGCGGGUUCACUGUGCGGAAGUACUUGGAACUCCUGUCGUUGGAGACUUCAAGUAUGGCUGGAAAUCUCACAGGAGCUGGAGUGAACAUCACCUGCUGCAAAAUCCUGAUACAUGGUCCUUAGCAGAAGGUUUCAUUGUAGAAGGAUUGAACAACUCAGAGGCCAUAGGCAAUUUGAAGAAAGUGAAAGGAAGUGUUAUGUCAAAAGAUCCAAUGCUUCAUUUGCAUUGUCACGAAUUGACCAUACCUGAUCCAGCUAGAUUACUAGAAAUGGGCCGUAGUCAGAUAGAUGAAAAUGAUUGGGCUCAAAAUCUUCGAUUUGUUGCUCCUCUUCCUCCACACAUGGCUGUGAGUAAAAGUGUGUUAUCAGUUGUUUAAACCCCGACAAGGAAGGCAUGAAUCUUCUCCAGCGUAAGAGCAUAACAAGGUUUUCGUGUCAGCUUAUCUUUAAGCAGGAAACGACACAGGCCGUUAGGAUAUAGAAGGCCAGAAACUGAAUAACCCGGCUAACGCAGUGUGGAAAGUUGCAGUUUCUGUUUGACAACUUGGAUAUU